GACCCGUAUUUCCGCUGUUUCUAGUAGCAGCACCGUCAGACUACUGUUAGCCUCCGUUAGCUGCUGUGAGCUGUUAUUAGCUUCUAUCAGCUGCUGUUAGCUGUCAUUUCAGAGUUGUUCUUACCUCCCUCAGAGUCACUCCGAGUCUUCUUCCGUGGGAUCCGACUGAGAUGUGUCCUCUGUCCGUCCCGGAGCAGCGAGCUAACAGCUAACUCCGCCCCGUAACUAGCUGCUAGCUGCUAGCUCCAGCAGCGCUGAUCUCCUAUGCGCAGCUAGCGAAGCCUGCUAACUGUGCUAACUGCUAGCUGUGGCGUUGUGAAUCUGCUUGUUUGUUUGGAUGAAAAGACCGAGGAGGAGCCGUUAACGGGGGCAUGGAUACACACCUGCGGAGGCUGUAACAGUUUCAGGUGUGAAGACACUCAGUCCGCCGAGGCCACCGUCAUCGUCGGAUCUCAGCUCAGAGCUCCGCCUUCUUUCUGGCGCCGGCAGCCAUGCUGACCUAGAAUCAUCCACAGUUGUGAGUUUGUGCAGUGUGAGCAGAACCAGACACCGAGACCAUGUCUGAGAACCAGGCCAACAACAACAACGUCCCUCUGAACAACAACAACAACAACAACAUGGGACCCAACAGGAUCCGAAACCCCAACAUCAACCAGAAUCCCCUCAUCAAUGUCCGGGACCGCCUCUUCCACGCCCUCUUCUUCAAGAUGGCCGUCACCUACGCCCGGCUCUUCCCCCCGUCCUUCAGGAGAGUCUUCGAGUUCUUCGUCCUGCUUAAGGCACUCUUCGUCCUCUUCAUCCUCGCCUACAUCCACAUCGCCUUCUCCCGCUCGCCCAUCAACUGCCUGGAGGGGGUGAGGGAGCGCUGGCCUCGUGAUGGCAUCCUGCGAGUGGAGAUCCAGAGGAACUCGAGCCGCGCUGCCGUCUUCCUGCAGCACUACGACUCACCUGCCCUGCAGGAUGACCUAGAGGCGGAGCCAGGGGGUGGAGCUCCGGUGGCUGGACUUAGCCUGGCGGCGCUGCAGGACGAAGAUGAGGACGAGGAAGAGAUGACUCUGGACAUGUUUGACAACAGCUCAGUACAGUUUGAGCUGGACAUUGAACCCCGCCUGAAGCCGUCUCUGAUUGGAGGAGGCGUUGGAGGAGGAGGAGCAGGAGGAGUGAACGACAGCCAGGACGUCUCCUUCAGCCAGACCACUAAAGGUAUGCAGCCGCUGAGGGACUCAGUGUCUGAGCUGGAGAUGAUGACGAGAGCAGUGUGGCCUCAGGAGGAGUACAUCGUGGAGUAUUCUCUGGAAUAUGGCUUCCUGCGUCUGUCUCAGAGCACCAGGCAGAGACUCAACAUCCCCGUCAUGGUCGUCACUCUGGAUCCGAUGAAGGACGAGUGUUUUGGAGACGGCUUCAGUCGCUUCCUGCUCGAUGAGUUUUUGGGCUACGACGACAUUCUGAUGUCCAGCGUGAAGGCGCUCGCUGAGAACGAGGAGAACAAAGGGUUCCUGAGGAAUGUGGUGUCUGGAGAACAUUACCGCUUUGUCAGCAUGUGGAUGGCCAGAACCUCGUACCUGGCUGCCUUCGUCAUCAUGGUCAUAUUUACUCUGUCGGUGUCCAUGCUGCUCAGAUACUCUCACCACCAGAUCUUCGUCUUCAUCGUCGAUCUUCUUCAGAUGUUGGAGAUGAACAUGACCAUCGCCUUCCCAGCAGCACCUCUGCUCACUGUCAUCCUGGCCCUCGUAGGAAUGGAGGCCAUCAUGUCAGAGUUCUUCAAUGACACGACGACGGCAUUCUACAUCAUCCUCAUUGUGUGGUUGGCCGACCAGUAUGACGCCAUCUGUUGCCACACCAACACCAGCAAACGUCACUGGCUGAGGUUCUUCUAUCUGUACCACUUUGCCUUCUACGCUUAUCACUACCGCUUCAACGGCCAGUACAGCAGCCUGGCGCUGGUCACCUCCUGGCUUUUCAUCCAGCACUCCAUGAUCUACUUCUUCCACCACUACGAGCUGCCUGCCAUCCUGCAGCAGAUCCGGAUCCAGGAGAUGCUGCUGCAGAACCAGCAGGCGGGUCAGAACCAGACGGCUCUGCAGGACAACCUCAACAACAACAACAGUGCUGCUGCUGCUGCUGCUGCUGCUGCUGGUGGUCCGGGACCUGCCGGUGCCGCCCAGCCGGGCCCUCAGACCGACCCACAGCCCUCCUCCUCCCCUCCAGCUCCAGGAGCAGCAGGAGGUGCCGGGGAGGUGAGGGCGGAGCUGAACUGGGUCGCUCAGACCGCCGCCAUCAUCACCGAAGCUCUGUCCUCCUCCGUCGACUCCGGAGGAGGAGCAGCGACUGGAGGGCAGGGAUCUCCUGGGGGGGAGAUCAGUGUGGUGGCUGAGUUCUGGAUGGGAGGAGGAGGGGCAACUGCAGGAGGAGCAACAGAGGGAGGAGGAGCAACAGAGGGAGGUGGAGCAACAGGAGGAGGAGCAACAGGAGAAGAUGCAAAAGUUGUUUCAUUAGAAGUUAAACCUGCAGCAGAAGGAGCUGAUCCGCCAAUCAGGGUGCUCCAUGUGGGCAGGGCGGGGCCCUCGGAGGCAGGGCCCUCAGAGGCGGGGCCCUCGGAGGUGGGGCCCUCGGAGGCGGGGCCACAGACAGACUCACACUGUGCAGGUACAGACUGCAGUGCAGCAGAGCAGAAACCGUCCUGAGAGUCCAGGUGUGCUGCUGGUCAUCAUCUCACCUGUCGGUGCCUCAGUCUGUCAGCUGAUCAGGUUGAUUGAUUAGUGAUCAGAAACAGGUCUGAACCUGCAGUUUUAGUUGGAAUUUUAAACUGAUUGAUUGAUUAGUUCAGUGUUUCCCAACCUGAGGUUCGGGGCCCAUUAGAGGUCCUCAGAUUAAAAGGUUCGAGGAUUAACAGGAAAUUGAAGAAGCACAUUUCUAAUUUUCAGGCUUUGUGUCUUGUUUGUGAUGUUUUUGUUGUCUGAGAGCAGAGAUUUGUUGAAACACAGAGGAGGGUUGAUUAAAUCUGGUUCUCGGCGACGCCCUCAAAAGUCCCACAGAUCCAGUUCACUGACAGAAAACAGAACCACAAAUAUUUGGUGUCUUUGCUUAAAAAAUGACCCUAAAGUCUGAGUAUAAAUAUCACUGCUGAUCGUAUUUCUGUUGUUACUAAUGAAUUAAUCUACUGAUUAUUUUCUCCAUUAAUCAGUUAUUUGUUUGGUGGUAAAAUGUCAGAAAUGAGUAACUUUUCAUCUGAAACACAAACAAAGAAAAGCAGCGAGAUUUCACAUUUAAAACCCAAAACCAGCAAAUGUUUCACACCGUUUGUUAAAGUUCCUGAAAUGAGUCUGAAGCAGCUCAGACUUCUGUCAGCCAUUUUAUUUUUAUCCGUUUUGUGAGAGAUUGUCAGUGAUGCCUUCAAGUGUCUUGUUUUGUCCAAAUGUCAGAUUAUUAAUGAUUUCACAGUGAAAAAGUACCUUUUCUGCUGCCUUAUCUGAAACAUCAGUUUAAUUUUAAAUCUCCCGUCGAAAUCAUCAUUUAAUCCGAAUAAUACAUGAAUGAGAUUAUUUGCAGCAGUUUUCCUGCAGCAGAGUUUCUGCUGUACACAUCUCUAGAUCAACGAGCUGUUUAAACCUUGAGAUCUGCGUUUCAUUGUCCGUUCAGACUCAAACAUCUACGAUGAAACUUGAAAAACUCCACAAACAUUCUGCUUUUUAUUCAGUUUCACUGCAGCUUCGGAUUCAGCCGCUGGUUUAAACAUGUGACUGAACUCCUGCGAGGUGAUUUCAGACUUCAGAUAAGACAUUGAACUCAUCCUGACAUUGAGAUAAAAUGAGGUGUGAUGUUCAUGGACGCUGGUUUACCUGCAGUUUAAAGGUGAAGCUGUUUUUAGAGCUUCAGAUUAUUGAUCAGAAAAACUGCAGAACUUGGUCUCUGUAAGUGUUUUGGCUGCUGGCUGCUGCUCAAACAAUACGAGAUAUUAAUAAUCAAUGAUGAAUCACAGAGAAAACAAUGUGGUGGGAUUUUCACCAUUUGCCGAAGUUUUACCAGUUGAUUGAUUGAUUGAUUGAUUGAUUAAUUGACUGAUAAACCAAAUUAUCAGCUGAAGCUGUAAAAUUCAGAAAAACAUCAGAUUUCUUCCUACACAGGACAAAAAACAUGAUUCAAACAUAAAACAUGUAAACUCUCAGGUGUCAGCUGGACCUGCAGAAAAACACCAGACUGACCCUUUAACACUGAACCUGGAAGGGAAUCAUCUGAGAAACAUCAGUUAUUGAUCAGUGAUCGGGCCUGAUCCUGACAGACUGACGCACAAACUGAACUGUGUUGAGCUUUUUGUUUCCAUCUGCUUUUAUUUUGAAGAGACUCUGAGGACAAUAAGUUUGUUUGGGAGCGGUGCGGCGGUCGGACUGAUCGAUCAGGUGGAUCAGGACUUCUGUCAGGACGAAUGCCUUAUCAAUAAUCCUCAGACUGUCAGCAGCUGAGCGAGCUGAUUGGUUGUGCAAUAUGGUGGCGGCUGUGUCACAACUCAGGCUCCGCCUUCUGCAGCGUUGACGCCGCGAACGUGAAAACUUCCUCUGAUUGAAAACAUGAAUGAUCGAUCGAUGAUGCUGCAGAAACAUGCUACAGGUGAUUGAUCAGCGUGUUCAGAAAAAAAAUACACACGACAGAAUCUCAGAACAUCUGAUCUGAUCAUGAACCAUCAGCUGAUAUGUGAUCAAUAACCUGAUGCUGAAUAAUCAUUAACUCUCGGUAAUUGAUAGCAUCACUGAAACUGCCCAUCAAUCCAUCGAUUGGUUGAUUUACAGUGAACUAAUCUGCAGUUAUUGAUUACUGAUUGUUUCAGUGAUUUUUCAGGUUAAACUUCUCGAUCACUUCAAAUUCUUUCUGGAUCUUCUUCCUCUGAACAAUCUAUCGGUAAGCAAUUGAUUGAUCAGCUGCAGCGCCAUCAGCACGUACGUUUAUCGCUGUUAUUGAUCGCUGCGGUGACGCCUGGCUUCUGUAUGUUGUUGUUUACUGUUGCCAAGGAGGCGGAGUCUGAGUGUGACCAAUCGGAACCGGACUGAACCAAACUAGAAGACUGGAGGGGGGGGAUCAGGCGUUUUCUGGGGUGUUUCUUCUUUGUGCCUCACUGCUGGAUGACUGUAGCCUCAUUAGUUGAUCUGAAACUCAUCAAACUGUAUUUAACUGUCCAGUAAACCAGUAAAACCAGUGCACACCAACAUGUCUGCACACACACUGUC